AACACGCCUGGCCGCAGUUCUACGUGUAAAUAAGGCGCGAGAAGAUGCUCCGAAGCAUGAAUAUUUCUUUCGUUUUAAUGAGUAUAAUUUGACAAACAAUUUCGUAAAAGUGAUAAUGGCAACUAUUGCGGUUCAAGUUGUCACCGAAGAGAUCAGAAAAAUGUCGACGGAAAACGUCGUUCGUAAAUCUCGUUCGGAAACUGUGACUGAAGCACUUGUUGCUCUGCCCUCGAAGAAUAUUGAUGAUGACAGUGGCAUUUUGACGUGUACUAAUAGCAACAAUGAAAAAUCUUCACAAUCUGUUGAGCAGUCCUCAAUCGGAAAGACUUUGCCCGAUGAGCACGAAAAUAAGUUAUCUCAAGAAGCAAAUAAACUUUCACUCGAUAGCAGAUGUUCUCAGGAGAGCAGAGCUAGCAGUUGCACAACAAAGUCUAGUUGUAGUUCUGUGAGCAAGAAGAGUGAAUCUGCAUCUAGUAGGUAUACAAAUGAGAACAGUAAUUCCAGCUACAGCUCUACUGUAAAGGGAAGUCAAAAAGUUUGCAAUGAAGACGAAGAUUCACGUUCAUCGAUCUUCAGUACUAAUUCAACUGUCAAAACGAGCCAACAUACAAGUUAUAAAUCAGACGAUGAAAGUAAUUCUAGAUCUAGUUUCAAGUCUCCAAGCAAAAGUUCACCUGAAAAGCAGAGCAAUAAUGAAAGCAACUUUAAAAGAAGUCAAAGUGUUCAUUCAGAGGACGAUGAUUCUAAUUCUACCAUGGUAAGUUCGAAUUCUAGAUCAACUACUAAAAACAGACAGCCUGUGGCUGAGAAAUCUGAUGAUGAGAGCAACACAAGAUCUAGUUUUCAAUUAGCUAGUAAAAACAGUUCUCCUGAAAAAGCAAGUGAUAGCAAGAAGAGUACACCUGAAAAAGAGAGUGAUAGUAAACAAAGUCAGCCAAAAAAAUAUUUCAACAUUAUAGACUCAGAUUCAGAGGAUGAUAUUACAAUACCACAAAGAUCUAAGGCCAAUAAAGAACAGAGUGAAUCAGAUUCAGAUGGAUCAAAAAGUUUGAAAUCUUCGAAGUCUGGAAAGAAACAAAAAAUAAAAAACAAAAGAAAACUUGUAGACAGUGAUUCUGAUGAAGAGCCAGUCAAAACUGAUAAUGGUUUUAGAAAGAAACAGACUGACAGUGGAGGUAGUGAUAAUGAGAGUGAAAAAGAAUCUAAUUCACUUAAUAAAUCAAAUAAAAUAAGUAAUAUCAUAGAUUCAGAUUCUGAAAGUGGCAGUGACAAUCCUUCUGAGCAUGGGAGCAAUGCUUCUUCAGGUGAAGAAAAAGAUGCUUCAAAAAAAACAAAAAAAGAAAAGAAGUUAGAGAAGAAUCGAGCGGGAUCAGCACGAGCAUCCAAGGAUGCUGCUAUGCAACAAAUACAUAGUGAAACACAAAGAUUAAUGAGAGAAGCAGAAAUAUCUCUCCCUUACCACAGGCCGAAGCAACGUACUUUGGAGGAAUUUCUGAACAGGAAAAAGAUUACGUCUGAUAUCCCUAAUAAUUUAACGUUUGCUGAAAAAGUUAAGAUGUUCCCUGAAGUCAUUAGUAAAGUAGUACAAGAAAAAGAAGAAGAGGCUGAAAUUUUUUAUAAAUCGUCGGACUCUGAAGAGGAACAAGAUGAACCAAUGGAAGUGGAUGAAGCUGGUACUGCUAAGAAAGACAAUGAGAAUACAAAUGAAAAUGAAACAGCGACUGCAGUUGGUAUUGCUGAUACACAAAAAUUAACUCAAGAUCAUAUUCAGGAUUCUCAUGAUAAAAUGACCAUUCUUCAGCGGCGAUCUUUAGAUUUUGGAGUACCGAGGAAAUUAUUCUUAGAAGAUAUUGAUGAGAAUGGGUCGACUGAAAAUACACCACUAUCUGAACCAGAACGUGUCCAUACUGAUGAGAGUAUUAAUACCGAUAUAACAGUUCUCGAGAAAAAACCUAGGGAAGUCAAAUCUGGAAUUAGGGAGGCUAGUGUUCCGCGAAAAUUAUUUACAGGUCAAGAAAUGGACAUGGAUGUAGAUACAAACGAAGACGAUAAAUGUAUGCCAGAAGAAAAGAACGAAGAAAGUCCAAAAAUGCCAGAAAAUAUAGAAAAUAUUGAUAAGAAUAUGGAAAAAAUGAACAAAUCCACUCUCGAAAACAGUAAUGAAGAAAUCUUAUUAAACUUAUCUGAAACCGAAAAUGAUAUCAAUGACGAGAAAAAAUCAUCCGAGUCUAGUAAAAAUAGUGAUUCAGAACAAAACAAAGAUCAAGAGAGUAUAGUGAUAUCGGAAACCCCGUAUAUAAGUAAUAAAGAAAUCGCAAAAACCAAUAGAGCAUUGUUAGUAUCGUCAAAAGAUCAAAUUAUCAUUGAAAAUAAAGAAAACGAAUAUAGCAAUAAGGAAGAACAGAACGAUACUGAUGAUCUGAUCUUAGAACUAACUUCAGAAUCCAAGGACGUCAAUGAUGACGAGAUCAUAGAUCGCGAUAUACUACGAGCAGAUUUCGCUCUGCCAAAGGAUCUUGACGAACCUGUAGUAAAAAAACCAAGCAUGAAAGAAAUUAUUUUAGCUAACGCUUUAAAAAACAAGCCCAUGAUUAAAGCUUCACCAGGUUCAACAAUCGAUUUCACAGAAAGUUCAGGUCAAAUGAAGGAAGGUGUCACGCAGCUGCUGGACAGAUUUGCGCGUCACUCAGCUACUUAUAGGCCUAGGAUCAACGAGAUCUCCGAGGUAAAAACGAUACGUACUGAAGGCACUGGCAAUGAAAUCACAAUCGUGGAAGAAGUAUUACCCUUUACGAAGUCGAUAAUAGAGGAUGACCCCAAAAAAGAUAGGAAGCCCGGAGAGAAGCUGCAGAAAUUAAGGGAGGACUUGAAGCGUAAAAUCGCUUCUGCAAGAAAUGAGGAAUGGAAGCAAAGGGAAGAAAAGGACAAGGAGGAAGAAGAAGAAGAAGCAAAAUGCAAAGGUGAAGAUUUUUACGAGGGUCUCCCUGACGAGGAAGAAGAAUUGGAAGACGAAGUAAGUACGGAGAGCGAGCCGGAGGAAGACGAUGUACCUAUGAAAGAAAGUCGAAGGCCGAAAUGUGCAUUCGGUGACGAAGAGGCUGAAGAAAGUGAGGAUGAAAAUGCUGCAGUUUUCUGUGGUAAUGAAAACGAGGAGGACGAGGAAGAAGAUGAAGAAGUGGAGGACGAAGAAGAAGAAGAGGAGGAAGAGCAGGAAUCUGGAAAAGAAGAAAUCGACGACAAACCAAAGAAACUUAAAAGAAUCAUCCGUCCCUUCGAUGAAGAUUCAAACGAAUCAAAAUCGAGUGUAAGCAACGAUGCUAAACCAAAGCUUUUCCCGGGCAGCAACCGAGUCUGCAAUAAGACUGACGAGGACAUAUUCGCCUCGCAAGCAAGCCAUGGCUCUGAAGAUCUUGAAACUGACUCUAUACCGCCUUUUCAAUCUCGAGAUCGCUGCAAUUCGGAUUCGCGUAGUCAAGCCUGCAAAACUCCUUUACCCAAACCUAACAACUUACUCAGCAUGGUCUCACCCAUAACACAGCUCACGGCUCUAAAUACGUCUCAUGAUUCAACAAGGAAGUCGGCUUCGAAGACCCCGAACGCUUUGAAUUUGGGUCCUGUUGGUACUUCAGUCGAGAAUACGCCUACUGAAGACAGUGCCAACAGGCCUCCAGCAAAUUGCAAUAUGGAGAAAAUGAUUGGUUUGCAAAAGAAACUUUUUGAAGAUCCACCUGACACUGUAAACGAUGACGAGCUGCUUCAAAUUUGCUCGGGUCAAUUUACGAAUACCCAGAGUACGAUAAGACCACCGAACACGAUGUCGCAAAAUGGAGUAACCGACUCGCAGCUGAUGGAACUGUGCUCAGGUGCUUUUGUCAGUCAGCCUUCCGACAUGAAAGAACUAGAAUCAGAUAACGUUGAUCCUUCAAGGCCAGAAUUUGGCGAUGAGACUUCGCAGGAUAUAACGUUGACCCUCGACGAUGACGAUGACUCAAAAAGUAGUCCCACAAAAACCGUAUCAUCACUGAAAAGGAGCGAUGAGUCCAUGUUCAGCAAUGAUUCCAAGAGUCCAGUAAAGUUGCCUACCUUUGGUGGUACCAGUUUUAAGAACCCUAUGGAGGCUUGGCUUAAGAGAGGGAAUGAUAAGCCGGUAGUGGAGACCCAACAUAAACCAGACCAAGUUACAGAUUCGCAGUUAAUGGAUCUGUGCUCAGGGGCGUUCACCUCGCAAGCAGUAAACUUGAAGGCAUUGGAAGAGAAUGAUUCACCGCAGAUCCAUGAUGACGCAUCGCAAGAUUUUAAUUUAACGCUCGAUGAUAAUAGUAAUAGUCCAUUCAAAAAGACUUUGCAAAAUCAGAAAACCAAGAUAAUUGAACAACUUGAGAAAAAAGUCACAGCGUUUGAUGACGAUUCAAAUGCUCCGAGAACAAAUUUUGCGAUAGUUUCCUCCUCAGAUGAAGAGGAUGGAGAAGUAAAAAAAGAUCGACCGAAGAAAAAACUUUUGAAGAAAAAGAAGGUCAAAAAGCUCACACUGUCUGAUGAUGAGGAUGAAGAUGAAGCUAAGGAAUUUUCCGACGAAGAAGAAGAAGAAGAAGAUGAAGAGAAAUUCGUUGAUUACGACUCCGAAGAAAACGAGGUAGUGGUUGUUCCUAAAAAAGAGAUCAAGAAGGUGGCAAAGAACUUUCUGGAGAACGAGGCUGAGCUGAGCGAGAGUGAUUGGGAUUCGGCUGAUGAAGAUGAACAAGGAAUGGAUAAGCUCGAAUUUGAGGAAGCCGACGCCGAAGAAAUAGACGAGGACAAAAUGAAGGAACAACUCGAUCGAGUACACAUGAAGCAAGUGAUGGAUGAAGAUCAAAGAGAAGUGAGGAUGCUCCAGGAGCUACUUUUCGAUGACGGAGACCUGCACAGCGAAGGCGCUGGCCGCGAAAGAAAAUUCAAAUGGAAAAACAUAGACAGCUUAGGUGAUUUUGGCUUAACGCCCAGGACUGACGACAAUGGCGAAGAAAUAGACGAUGAGGUCGAUGCCGAAAUGGAAGUUCAAAUGCGAAAAAUGAGAUAUGAGCAACAAAAGUUCCUCGAAGAAAAACAGAAAAGCUUAGAUGUAGCGAUCAAUGAAGAUUUCAGUGAAAGUCAAUUAUUUAAUCGUGGAUUAAAGGUCGUGACUGUUCGAUCAACUAGUAAGACUUCAAUAGAGGAUCAAAAACUGGUUAAAAGUAGUUCAGUUGGUAAUAGUACAAAUAUAUUAAUGGCGAAAGGAGUAACCAACGUCUCGAAAAAAACCAUCACGAAUUCGAAAAGCCUGUCAUUCUCCAACAUGAAAGGUUCAUUUUUAUCAAGAGGAGAUGAAACGUUAGUUCGAAUUGCACAAAAUUUGCCAGAAAAGAGUAAAAUGUCGACAAAUGCUGGACGCAAAGGGAAUUUCGUUUUCCAACACCUGAGUCCUUCCAUAUCAAAUGCGGCGAAAGAUGAUUCAGAGCAGGAAAACGACAAUACUCCAGACCAAGAAAAAAACAAGAGAAAACGAAAAAUGUUCGCAAGCCAGAGUUCAGGUCAGACACCACGAAGCACGAAAAAAUUGAAGGUCGACGAAAGAACUGCAGGCAAAAAAUUAUUCUAGUAUCUCAAUUUCAAAAUGAAUUUAAAAAGUAUUGUUUAUAAUCUUGUAAAUAAUCGGAAGCGCGUUAAUUAAUUUUAUAUUAUAUCACAGAUGUAAGGUCACACUGUAAAAAUAUAGACGGAUGUACUAUUGUAAAAAGAUUAUCGAUUAAAUAGCAAUAUUGUUUUAUAUAGAA